AUGUAUGUCCAAGCGUCCCUUCUCCCGUUGCUGGUGUGGGGACUGGUGUGCAGCUCGGUGCGCACUGCCCCGUUCACCCGUAGGAUUAACGGGACUGUGCAACGGCAAUGGGAGACGCUCUACUCGCGUUCAUUGGCUCGAAACCCGUGGGAGAAAAGAGACUUAAACCGGGACGGUGACUAUCUAAUGGGUAUAAAAAGACUGAGACGUCUGUACUGCAACGUUGGCAUUGGAUUUCAUAUUCAAGUCUCCCCAGAUGGAAAGAUAACGGGAGUGCAUAACGAAAAUACAUACAGUCUUCUGGAAAUAUCUCCAGUGGAGAGGGGUGUGGUGACGCUGUUUGGGGUUCGUAGCGGCCUCUUCCUGGCCAUGAACGGCAAAGGGAAGCUCUAUGGAUCUGGUCAUUUCAGUAACGAGUGCAAGUUCAAGGAGACACUCUUGGCUAACAACUACAAUGCUUAUGAGUCAGCGGCUCACCCAGGGAUGUACAUAGGCCUGAGCAAGACAGGCAAAACCAAGAAGGGUAAUAGAGUGACUCCUGCCAUGACAGUGACACACUUCCUGCCAAGGAUCUGAACAGAGCGCCAUCAUGACGGGGGCCUAACAAUGCACUUUCAACAUGUUUUCUACAGUGUGACGAUGAUGUGAUAUAGUAUUUAAAUUAUUUAUUUAUGAUUUGAGAUUUAUUUUUAUUUUGUGAUCUGUGGGAUAGCAGGUGAGGGAAAAUAAUAAAUGAGAGCCCUUUUUUUGGUUAUUUAUGUACACACAUAAACAACCAAAAACAUGUACAUCAGAUGUGAGCUGCUAAAAGUGCUUGAGAUAAGUGAACUUUAAAUUAAGUUCCCACAGUAAAAAAGUGUCAUAUAGAGAUGUCUGUUGCAAUAAAAAACCUUUUGUUGCAGAUAGAUCCCUUUGUUACAGAUACAACCCUUUCCUGUUUUGCAAAGUAUCGUUUAGAGCCCUAUAUGGUUCUUACUGAUCUGAAAAAGGACAACAAUCUGAAAUACAUUCUGAGGGUUUAUCUAUGGUAACAAACAGGUUUGUGUGCAAAUUGCACUGUUUGUAAGUCGUAUUGUGAUGGUUAGUGAUUAGUUGAUUUGCCAGAGACCUGAUCUCAUGGACAUGCAUUACAAAGUUAGAAUCGGAGAGAGCUAACCAAUGAGGAGAGAGACAAUAUUGUCACAGUUAGAGUAUAUAAAGAUUUUCUCAUGGAUAUAUUAGGGUCUUUUGUUCAACGGUUGUGAUGAUGUGCAAUUACAGAUAGGGAGGUCUAAAGCAUAAACUGAACAAUCCUAGUACCAUGAUCAGAGAGGUCUCUUAAAACUGUGCCCUGUGGUUUUCUCAAUCCCAAG